CGCGUUUCUUGAUGGUCGCGACAUCUCGCAAGAAUCUGACCACGAUGGAAUGCUUCGACUUGCGGUUAGAGACAUUUAGAACGGUCUCUCCAGCUUGGACACAUAAACGGAAGAAAAUAUAUACGAAUCAGGUGGCAACAAAUGGCUGGUAUUUAUCAAAUGGACCUGCCGAAUGUGUAUGUGGAUGGUGCAACGCAGUUAGGAGCACAUGGAGUGGAGUAGACGACCCUGCCUUGGGACAUUCGAACACUUGUGUACUAGGACAAUUUUGGACGCGGUUUGGACAAGACAAGUCCGGCACAGGGUCUCUUGAUGCAAGACAGAAAACAUUUGAUGAAUCGUGGCCACAUCAGAAUGCGGCGGGAUGGGAGAAGCUUUCUGGUCAAAAGAUGGCCGCCGCGGGCUUUAUUUACUUUCCCUUGGCUGAAUCGAGAGAUACAGCCAUGUGUCCCUACUGCAAGCUUUCUCUCGACGGUUGGGAACCAGAAGACGACCCAAUCAUAGAACAUGAAAAGCGUCAACCAACGUGUCAGUUUCUUAAAGCGAAAAGAAAGCAAGCAAAAACGCAAAGUGGUGCACCUACAGCGACAGCUAGCAGGGCCAAGACUCGGAGAGCUGCACCACACGCCUCAGAAUCUGAACCGGAGAUCAUUCCUCCAAAGAGGCAACGAAAUAAGGCCAAAAAGUCGGAGACGGCAGUUACCUUGGUCGUACCAGAAGUUGAAGCCGACGUGGUAAACGAAAAUGCAGAUGGAAAGGAAAACUCACCAGAUCUCACACCAACCGAAGCACCGCGAAAAGGAGGACCGAGACCUCGCCGUGAAAGAGCCAAAAAGGUCUGUUAUUCCGAGGACUUGCUUGACCUAGACGGAAAACCGAAGCCGGGACGUAAAGCAAAGACACGAACCGCGAAUGAGAAGGUGGAAGAAACGGAUACGACCGGGAAAAGUAAAGGACGCCGUCCACUUAGAAGAGCUGCAGCAGCCAAGAAAGAAACAAACUCUAUGGAGACUACUCGUGAGAGUGGCAUAGAGACAGCUGAUGAGGCAGAAUCAGUAGCAAUGACAGACAUUGGCGAGGGCGGGUCAGAAUUGCAUCUGGAGGUGGACAUGACGCCCACUCCUUCUGCCAUCGACAAUCAAUUGCCUGCUGUGUCUGAAACCAUCCCGCCCUUCAUCAAUGGUGUCCCCAAUGACCCGGGGUUUGUGGGAAAAAUUACCAUCGAGAAGCUAUCUGCCCAUAAAACCUCGAUGGCACUGACUAACGAGCAAAAGAGCAUGACCGUCGAGGAAUAUCUACGAAACGAAGCCAUGAGCGUAAGAGCGGAGUUUCGCAAGAAGAGGGUCGAGGCAUGGCAAAGCGUUGAACGAGAGUUUGAAAAAUUGAUCCAUUGGAUUGAGAAACAUCCGGGAGACGACAUGGGGUAAAGGGAAUACGGAGCUCCUUUUGAUGGCCUUAUGUAUAUAAUAUUGUUAUUCAUUGUAAUGGGGGUGUGUAUCGCAGAUCAAAAUGUACAGAAUUUGUCUUAAAACCCUAGUCAUUUAUCUGAAUAGGUUUUGCUGAAU